AUGAAUGUUAUAUCCCUCGCUGUCAUAACGACAGCAGACCAAAAAGAUAUUGAAAAUGUAGUCCACGGUGCGAGCAGCAAACUUACAGCAAAAAUGUUUUACGAGGUAGCAAAAGGAAAUGGCGACAAGAGCUUUGUUUUAUCAGCAUAUUCUCUCUUAUCACCUCUUGCUCUGUUUAGCAUAGCUUCUAGAGAAUACACCCAAGAUGAAAUUUGGGACACCAUUGGCACAAAUAAUGAUAGCUUUACUAAAGAAGUGUAUGAUUGGAAAUAUAAUAGAGUGAAAUCGCUAAAAGGGGUGACAUUGAAAACAGCAAGUAAGAUUUGCUUAGCACUGAACUAUGACGUAUACACAGAUUACGGUAAAGGCAAAUGGGAUUCUUUUGGUACAGAGUUAGAAAAUGUUGAUUUUGACUCGAAUGUCGUAACUGCGAGGGAAAUCAGUAAUUGGGUAGAGGAGCAAACUAAUCACAUGAUUAAAGAUAUAGUUAGUGCUGAUAGCGUGAACUCGUUCACCAGAGCACUUUUAGUCGAUGCAGUUUAUUUCAAGGGACAAUGGCAGGCUUCUUUUGACAACAAGCUUACGGAAGAGAAGGAUUUCUACAUCAACAAUAAAGAUACAAGCAAAGUCCAAAUGAUGUACAGAAAAGGUAACUACAAGUACACAAAAAGCCCAACUUUAAGAUCUCAGGUUAUAGAAAUUCCCUAUAAAGAUGGAGAAGCGUCCCUAGUUGUGGUUCUACCCCGUGAGAUUGAAGGCAUUAAAGAUGUACAAGAAAUACUCAAAGACCCGGACGUUUUAGAUAACAUACGGAGAAGCAUGUUCAAAGCAGAAGUCGACCUGUAUCUCCCGAAAUUUAGAAUUGAAACUACAACUAAUCUGAAAGAUGUUCUCGAAAAGGUUAAUUUCAAACGCUUAUUCAUGCAGUACGGAUGCAGUUUAUACUUCAUUAUGCGGGUCCUAGGUAACAUGUACAUAAGCGACGCAGUCCAAAAAGUAUUGAUUGAAGUAGACGAAGGUGCCGAAACCACUCCUCCGAUAUGUAUCGGUGCCGCCAUACAUAAACAAUUUCAAGAUUUUUAUUAG